AUGAAUAAUGAAACCAUUAGUAUUAAAGAAAUAAAAAAAAAAGGAGAGAAAAUUUAUUUAGAAGACAAAAAUGAUACAUAUAAUAAUAAUAUUAACGACAUUAUUAAUUGUCUUUUUAAUUUAAACAAAGAAGUAUAUAAUAAUAUUUGUAAUUUUAAUAUUUUUAAUAAAAUAUUUAUGAAAAAAAAUAAAUAUUAUAAAGAAAUAUUUAAGAAUAAGACAAAAUUUCAUAGAAUUUUAAGUGAAGACGAAGCAAAGAACAAUCAAUUACCAACUGCAUCUAAUGAAGUAUCAGAAGGGAUAGUUUUUUUUUGUUUUAUAUUUUUAUCAGCGACAAUGUUGCAAUUUAUUUUAUCAAAAAUACAUAAGUUAAAUAUUCCUGUAUCAGUUAUUUGGUUUUUAUAUGGAAUGUGUACAUAUUUAAUAGCAAAAAAUUUCAAUAUUUUUAAGGAUAACUUAUUGCAUAAAUCUAUAAUUAAUGCUAGAAAUAUAGAUUCUUCAGUUUUAUAUUUUGUAUUAUUACCAAUAUUAUUAUAUGAAGCAACUCAAGAUAUUAAUUAUUAUGCUUUUAAAAAUUUUUUAUAUGGUGGAAUAGGAUUAGCAGUAAUAGGAGUAGCUUUACAAGUAGGUAUAUUAGGAAUUUUAUUUUAUUAUUCAUAUAUGUAUCAACAAGAACAGUCUCCAUUAUCUAGUAGUUUUUUAUUGGCAUCUAUUUUAUCAUCUACUGACCCAGUUGCUGUAUUAUCUAUUUUAUCUGUUGUUGAUGCCCCAUCAAAAAUUAGUUCAAUGUUCCAUGUAGAAUCAUUAAUAAAUGAUGGUAGUUCUGUUUUAUUAUUUCAAUUUUUUUUUUAUUUAACAAUAGGAUAUAAAGCGAAUACUUCUCAAUAUGUUAUUCUUUUUGUGAAAUUAUUAUUUUUAAGUCCAGUUUUUGGUAUAGGAAUGGCAAUGUUAACAUUUUCAUGGAUAAACUUAUACAGAAAACAUUAUUAUAAUCAGUGUUUGGCUACUAUUACAAUGUGUUAUCUUUGUUAUUUUAUAUCAGAAUAUUAUUUUAACUUAUCUGGACCUUUAGCAAUUGUUUGUUAUGGGUUAUUUAUUAAUGCAUAUGGUCAUAUUGCACUAGAUGAAAUAGCUCAAAGAAAACAUAAAGAAAUUGUAGAAUUAUUAUCACUUAUGGGGAAUUCUGGUAUUUUUAUUAUAUCAGGAAUUGUUUCUUUUGGCAUGAUGGAAAGUGUAUUUAAAGAUAAUUUAUAUUUUUUUUUAUAUAUUGUAUUAACUUAUUUUUAUUUAUUAUUUGCAAGAUCUCUUAUGAUAUUAAUUUUUACUCCGUUUUUAUCAAAAAUUGGCUACCAUGUAAACUGGAAGGAAAUAUUGCUUUUAAUAUGGGGAGGAUUAAGAGGAGGAAUAGUUUUAGUAUUGGGGUUACGUAUUGAGGCAGCUAAUGAAAUUAAUGAUAAAUUGACAAAAGAAUUAGCUUAUUAUAUUAGUGGUAGUGUUUUGCUAAUUUUAACGAUACAAGGAUUAACGUUUGAAUGUUUAUAUAAGCUUCUAAAUACAUAUCCACCAAACCCAUUUCGAAUAGUUUAUUUAGAGAAAGUAUUAAAAAUGAUUGAUUAUAAUUUUUAUAUCAGAAAAAAACAUUUAAAAAAUUAUUGGCUUUUUAAAGGCACAAAUAUAUUACAUUUUUCAAGUAAAAUUGUACCUGAAUUGCAUUGGAGAAAAAUGAAUAAGUUUGGCGAAUUCGAUUUAAAUUUACCAGAUAUUUAUUCAUGUUUACAAGAUAUAAGUACAUGUGAUAUAUCUGUAUGGGAGAAAGUAUAUGAUUCUCAAACUGUAAUUGAUAGUUUUGAUGAUGUCUCAUCUCACAGUAAGAAAAGCGGAAAGCAAAAUAUAAAUAAAAAUUUUUCUACAGAAAAAAAUUUUGAUAAAUCAGCAGGAAAAUCAGAUAUUGAUCAUAAAAGAUUGAAGGAUAAUAUAUAUAAUGAUAAUGCUAACGAAGACCAUAACAAUAACAAGAAUGAUAUUAUUGAUGAAAUUUGUUCAUAUGGUAAAAAUAAACAAAAGAGUGAUAACUUAAGUGAUAAAGAAAAUUAUGAUAAUAGUGAUGAGUAUAGCUAUGUAAAGAAUAACAAAAAGAAGAGAAGUUUUAAUAACAAAAAUAGAGGAAUGUAUACUAAAAGAGGUUCUAAUUUAUGCAAACAUGAAAUGAGGAUUAAUAUUAUUCGGAACAAUGAUAACUAUUAUAGUAGUUUUGAUGAUGAUGAUCAUAAUUGUGCAAAUUUAAAUCAUUCUAUAUCAUCAAGAAAUUUUGAUAGAUCAAGUAAUAAUUUAAAUGAACUUUCAGACAAUGAAUCAUCAUGUAGUGAAAAGGAUUGUGAGGAAAAUAAAAUAAAUUUGAAUGCAUUUAAUUAUGAUAAAAUUUCAUUAAAAAAUUAUGAUCGUUUAAUAAAUAAAAUGAAUUAUAGACAAUUUAAAAGAAGUAAACGUGAAAAAGAACAUAUAACUGUUAUCGAUAACAUUGUUAAUAAUAGUAAUGAAAAAGAAACUUUUGAUCCAAAAUAUAAUUUAAGAUUAAUCGAACAUGCUACCGAUUUACCUAAAACAUUAAGUGAUAAUUUACUUUUCAGAAGUAAUGUAAGUAAUGAUAAUUUAAGUAAUAAUGAUAAGAAAAACAAUGUUUUUGCAGUGAAUGAGAAAAAAAAAAAAAAAAAAAAAAAAUUAUUAAAUUUUUUAAGUGAUCCAAACACUUGUGAUGAGGAAGAAGUAAACGAAAAAGAAAAUAAAGAAAUAAAUGAAGAAUGUAAUGCAGAAAAGAAUGAAACUAAUGAUAUUAAUCACCAACUAAUUACCAAAGCAGAUGAAUCAUUAUUAAAUGAUUAUAAAGAUUUGAAAAAAAACAAUGAAGGAGAAAAAUGUGCUGAUUUAUCAAAUUUAGAAAAAAAUAAUAGAGAAUUGUUAAUGAGUGAUAAUUUUAUUGUUAAAAUAAAAAAAGAAAAAUCAAAUGAAGAUGAAAAAGAAGAUUGUAAUAAUUGUAUAAAUAAUGAAAAAUUAAAUUAUAUAGAUGAUAUUAUAACGAACGAAGAAAAAAAUGAUGAAAAUGAGGAAAAAUUUAAUGAAUAUUUAACCUAUAAAAACUUAUUUGCAUUGAAUAAUAAUGAAGAGAAAAUAUCUAGUUUCUUUAAUAAUAAUUAUGAUAAAAUGUACUGUUUUAAAAAAAAUGGCAGAAAUUCAUCAGAUGUAAACAUUUCUACUAAAGGGACUAAUAGUAAAAGUUUAGUUUUAAUUAAUAAUGAAAUUAAGAAAAGUAAAGACAAAAAUAAAUGUAAGUGUCAUAGAUGUAGAAAACCUUUUAUUUUUCCUUUUUGCAAUCUGACAAAAAAGAAUUUAAAUAAUAAAUUGAAAAAAAAAUUAGAAGAAAGUGAAAAUAAGAAUGAAAACAAAAAAAUAUUAUUACAAAAUAGUUCCUCUAAAGGUGAAAUGAUAAAUGAGGACUUGAAAAAUUCAAAUAAAUUUGAAAAUAUUAAAAAAAAAAAAAAAUUACAAAGAAAUAAUACAGCAGAUAUUAUUACACAGAGAUAUGACACAGAUCAAACAAUCAAUUUUGAAUGUUUAGAAGAUGUAUGUCAAAAAAAGUAUGUUACACCAUUUUAUAGUUUUUUAAAAAAGCCAAAAUUGAAAAUAAGAAAUAAAUUAUUUAGUGAACUAAGAAGAGCAAGAAGCCAUGAAAGUUAUACAUGUAAAGCUAAUUUAGAUAAAAAUGGAGAUGAUGUAUUUUAUACUACACUUAAAAAAAAGAUUGUUAGAAAAGAAAGAGAAGGAGAAUUAUAUAUAAUGAUAUUUAACACAUGUAGAGAAUUGUAUAAAAAGUUAUAUGUAAAUGGAUUUAUAUCAGGUGAAUGCCUAUUAACACUUACAUCUAUAUUAGAUUUAUCUGCAGAUUUUGCAUUAAAAAAAGUUAGGAUGAACCCAAUUAAAGCAUGGGCAGAUGCAUUUGAUAAGAGAAAAGAUAAAAAUAAUAAUAAAAAAAAUAUUGAUCAUAGAAAUGGUUUUGAAUAUGAAUUUCAUGUAUUGUUAUCAAAACUAAAAAUUAAUAAAAAAAAUUUUUUUUUCUUUUCACCAAAAGUAGUAAAUAUCUUUAUUGUUUAUGAACAUUGUAUGAAAGAUUUACAAAUUGUUUUAUCUUAUGUUGAUGUUCAUCAAUGUACAUUGGAUAAAGGUGGAAUUACUAUGAAAUUACUGUUAGGAAAAAAUUUAUUAAAAAGUUACUACAGAAACAUAGAAUUAGCAAAACGUCUUAUACCACAUAUUGCAAAUAAAUAUAGAGAUGUUGUUAAAUACUGUCUAAUAAAAAUUGGAACAGAUAUGCUACUACAUUUAAAAAAAACAAUUGUCAAUGAGCAGGCAGCUAAUGGAUUAUUAUUAUCACAAGAUAAUGAAAAAUUAAAUGGAAUUUUUGAUGAACAACAAGUGAAAAUUAAUAGAUAUAGACCAUAUUUGCAUUACAUUUUUAAAAAAAAUAUGCUUAAAAUGAUUUUUAAGUAA